CCCAAAUGUCUAGGACUGUGUGAUGUAUCGGCGAAUAAUGUGGGCAGAUCCCAGUAAGGUGGCCUUCUGCAGCUGGCAGGUGGGGAUUGUGUCAGCGCCAAUUGUGUUUAAGUGCAGGCCAAGGUCUUUAGGCACUGCACCCAGUGUGCCCAUCACCACUGGGACCGCCUUCAGUGGCUUGUGCCAGAGUCUUUGCAAUUCGAUCUUUAAAUCCUCAUAUCGUGUCAGCUUUUCCAGUUGUUUCUCCUCAAUCCUGUUGUCCCCUGGGAUUGCAACACCAGCAAUCCAUAUUUUGUCAUUUAACACGAUCAUGAGGUCAGGAGUCUGUCUGAAUUCGGAAGUCCCAGAGUAGCUUGACAGGCUCAUUCUCUGUAACUUUUUCCGGCUUGUGAUCCCACUAGUUCUUUGUCGCAGGCAGAUGGUAUUUGUGGCACAAGUUCCAAUUAAUCAUCUGAGCAACGGUGUUAUGUCUCUGCUUGUUGUCUGUCUGUGAAAUCUUUGUGCAGCAGAAAUAAGAAUAAUUAUUGUUAUGUUUGUUCAUACCCUGCUUGCCUCUCUAGGCAGUCUACAUGAGACUAGAGUUGGGAGAGACCCCCACAGCCACCCCGUCUAAUUCUAACCAGGCAUGAAAGCCCUCCCGACAGAUGGCCACGCGGGCGCUGCUGCUUCCAAGGAGGAGAGGCGCGGCGGGGGCCGGUGGGAGGAGCCCCCUCUUGCCCGGGCUGGGGUCUCGGCUCCUGGGCGGGCGGGAAGGAAGGAAGGAAAGAAGGAAGAGAGAGAGAGAGAGGAAGAAGCAGCCCUUCCCUCCCCUGCUCGGCUGGCUUCCUCUUCCGAGUCCGCUCGCUGCUCCAGUUCCCAAUGUCGGAGGCGGGCGGCGGCAAGGGCAACAAUGGCGCCGGGCCGGGGCUGUGCUGGGCCUCGCUCUUCUCCUGCCUGGGCCUGGCCUGCGCCUACGUGGGCAGCCUCUACGUCUGGAAGAGCCACCUGCCCAGCCAGGUACAUCCCUUCUUGCCCUCAUGGGAUUCCGGCUUGAAGGAAUUGUGCCAGCAACCCUGCUCCCUUUGCUGCUAACCAUGGUGUUAUUCCUCGGUCCUCUCAUCCAACUCUCAAUGGAUUGUCCCUGGGACUUGGUUGAUGGUUUAAAAGUGGCAUUUGACCCCAGGUUCUGGGUUCUCUGUCUGACUGACAUGCGCUGGCUCCGGAACCAGGUCAUCGCACCCUUUACAGAGGAGCUGGUGUUCCGCGCUUGCAUGUUGCCCAUGCUCGUCCCCUGCACAGGAUUGGGGCCUGCCAUCUUCACCUGCCCCCUCUUCUUUGGAGUCGCUCAUUUUCACCAUGUCAUUGAGCAGCUGAGGUUCCGUCAAGGAAGCACAGCCAGUAUAUUUCUCUCUGCAGUGUUCCAGUUCUCAUACACAGCUGUAUUUGGGGCCUACACAGCCUUCAUCUUCAUCAGAACAGGGCACCUCAUUGGACCUGUCCUCUGCCACUCCUUUUGCAACUACGUGGGGUUUCCUGCCAUGGGGGCAGCCCUGGAGCACCCACAGCGCGUCCUGGUGGUCUUCUUCUACCUGCUGGGCGUGGGGCUCUUCCUCCUCCUCCUCCACCCAAUGACGGACCCAGCUUUCUUUGGGCACCUGCCCAUCUGCUCCCUCUCCAGGCUGACCUCUCCCACCAAGAGCCUCGGUAGCUUCUCCUUCUGCUCCUGAUGCUCAGCCAGCAACCUAUUUCCCUCGGGCCAAGCAAGACUUUUGUAUCUGUACUGGCCCCUUGGGCUCUCCUGCACGCUACAGUGGCAGGCUUGGGGUGGGUUUCCUGUCCUAGCCCCUCUCCACUUGGGAGUCCGGCUGCGUGAGGCUGCGGGACAUGAUCCAAUCGUUCAUCUGGCCCGCUUGCCGAGAAGCCGCCGCCAAAUCCUGUUUGUGGUGAGGAUGUAGUUGGGCCUGCAUUCUUGAGAACUUCUGCCCUGAGCCACCCAGCCCUUUUUUUGUAGUUCCCCAGUCGGGUGGGGCGGGGAGGCUGUCUUUUUUCCCUUCAUGUUCCCUAAAGAGCUCUAUUUUUAUUAUUAAAGAUACUUUAAGGAGA